AUGCCCCAAGUUGUGAAACGUAUUUCUCCAGAGAUUGAGACACUUUCAACAAUUGAAGGACUUAAGUUGAUUAAGCAAAAGGUAUUUCCUGAUGAAAGGGGCUUCUUCAGUGAAUCUUACAAUGCUCGUGAGUGGAAAGAGGCUUUAGGGUUUGAUGAGCGUUUUCUGCAAGAUAAUCACUCAUAUUCAAAAUUUGGAGUCAUUCGAGGGUUACACGCACAAAAAGGGAUGGGAAAACUUGUUUCUGUACUUGUUGGCUCGAUUUUUGAUGUUGCAAUAGAUGCACGUUUGGGCUCUCCAACCUUUGGUAAAUGGCAUGGUAUUGUGUUGGAUGCUAAGGAAAAGACUUCUUUUUGGAUCCCUGAUGUAUGUAUUUUCCGGAAGACUGUUAAAUAUUCUGUUGUAUUUUUAUUUUAUUCCUUAUUCAAGUGUAUUUCUGAGGAGGGUGCUCACGUGGUUUACAAAUGUACUUCUGAGUAUGAUCAAGAGAAGGAAUUUGGUGUUGACCCUUUUGAUGAGCAGAUAGGCAUUGUUUGGCCUGUAGUAGACAAGUCAAAAUGGAUGGUCAGUGAACGUGAUCGAAAACAUCCAUCAUUGAGCACUCUAAACGGAGUAGAUAAAUAAACAAAAAUAAUACAUAAUUUAGAGGUCACUUGACUUUUCAUUCU